CAUAAAUAAACCACUCAAGUUUUCAAGAAGAGCUUGAGCCUACAUUCUACAACAAUAUAUUGUUCCUCUCUUGCGCAAUUAAGUCCUUAAACCUGCAACUAUCUUAGAAUUUUUGGCUUUCUAAUUUAUUCUCUCCUUUAAUUAGCCAGCUUCUUAGAUUAUUCAUAUUUUUCCAGCAUUUUCAAACAAUGGAUAACGCAACACUUGCUGUGAUCCUUUCCAUUUUGUUUGUGUUUUACCACAUUUUCAAAUCCUUUUUCACCAAUUCUUCAUCUCGUAGGCUUCCUCCUGGUCCCAAACCCGUGCCAAUUUUUGGCAACAUUUUCGAUCUUGGCGAAAAGCCUCAUCGAUCUUUUGCCAAUCUAUCUAAAAUUCACGGCCCUUUGAUUAGCCUAAAGUUAGGAAGUGUAACAACUAUUGUUGUUUCCUCGGCCUCUGUGGCCGAGGAAAUGUUCCUUAAAAAUGACCAAGCACUUGCUAACCGAACCAUUCCUGACUCGGUUAGGGCUGGUGACCACGACAAAUUAUCCAUGUCGUGGUUGCCCGUAUCCCAAAAAUGGCGAAAUAUGAGAAAAAUCUCCGCUGUCCAAUUACUCUCCAACCAAAAACUUGAUGCUAGUCAACCUCUUAGACAAACUAAGGUGAAACAACUUUUAUCAUACGUACAAGAUUGUUCCAAAAAAAUGCAACCCGUCGAUAUUGGACGGGCCGCAUUUACAACGUCACUUAAUUUAUUAUCAAACACAUUUUUCUCAAUCGAAUUAGCAAGUCAUGAAUCUAGUGCUUCCCAAGAGUUUAAACAACUCAUGUGGAAUAUUAUGGAGGAAAUUGGAAGGCCUAAUUAUGCUGAUUUUUUCCCUAUUCUUGGUUACAUUGAUCCCUUUGGUAUACGACGUCGUUUGGCUGGUUACUUUGAUAAACUCAUUGAUGUUUUCCAAGACAUUAUUCGUGAAAGACAAAAGCUUCGAUCUUCUAAUUCUUCCGGCGCAAAACAAACAAAUGACAUUCUUGAUACUCUUCUUAAACUCCAUGAAGAUAAUGAGUUGAGUAUGCCUGAAAUUAAUCACCUUCUCGUGGAUAUCUUUGACGCCGGAACAGACACAACAGCAAGCACAUUAGAAUGGGCGAUGGCCGAACUUGUGAAAAACCCGGAAAUGAUGACUAAAGUUCAAAUUGAAAUCGAACAAGCUCUUGGAAAAGAUUGCUUAGACAUACAAGAAUCCGACAUCUCAAAACUACCUUAUUUACAAGCCAUUAUAAAAGAAACGUUACGUUUACACCCUCCUACUGUGUUUUUGCUGCCUCGAAAGGCAGACAAUGACGUAGAGUUAUAUGGCUACGUUGUACCAAAGAAUGCUCAAGUCCUUGUCAAUCUUUGGGCAAUUGGUCGUGAUCCAAAGGUAUGGAAAAAUCCGGAAGUAUUUUCUCCUGAAAGGUUUUUAGAUUGCAAUAUCGAUUAUAAAGGACGAGAUUUCGAACUUUUACCCUUUGGUGCUGGUAGAAGGAUAUGCCCUGGACUUACUUUGGCAUAUAGAAUGUUGAACUUGAUGUUGGCUACUCUUCUUCAAAACUACAAUUGGAAACUUGAAGAUGGUAUCAAUCCUAAGGAUUUAGACAUGGAUGAGAAAUUUGGGAUUACAUUGCAAAAGGUUAAACCUCUUCAAGUUAUUCCAGUUCCCAGAAACUAGCUAGUGGGUUGUGCCGUUGUGGGCUGUGGGCUGAUUGUGCACUUUUGUUUCCUCUAAUUGUUGUUGCAAACUUCUCUAGAAGGGUAUUAUCUUUUGUAUAAAUAAAGCGAAAGCUACAUGUCCUAUUAUUAAAUUAGUGUAUACUAUAUUAAGUAAGUAUGAGCAUAUAGUAUCCAUUAUUGUUUUUGGUUGAA